GCGGGCGUUCCGGAGAUCUCAGGCUGAGGACGAGCAGGUUGGCAGCGGCCGUCUCGGCGGGCAGAAGCCGCCGGGCUCCUUCCCGAGGAAGCCGGGGCAGCGGAGGAUGCUCGCGGCGGUCCAGAGCCGCGGGGAUGCGGGGUUGCUAGGAGGCAGGUGAAGGUGACGGGGACAGCGCUGCGGAGCACCGCAGGCCCAGAUCCGCAUGUCCGACCAGAGCAGCAGCGAAGAUGGGGAGUCCAACUCCCAGCACAGCCUGUACAUGGUCUUCCUCCUCGUCUUGGUCUUCUUCAUCAUGGGGCUGGUAGGGUUCCUCAUCUGCCAUGUCCUGAAGAAGAAGGGCUACCGGUGCAGGACGUUCCGAGAUGAGCUUGACCCAGAUAACAAGGACGUGCUGGCAGAACUCCAGGCCACUGAAGAGGAGGAGCUGAAUGAGGACACCGUGGAGAAGAUCGUGAGGUGCAUCAUCCAGAAUGAAGCAAAUGCAGAAGCCCUCAAGGAGAUGCUGGGGGACAAUGACGGGGACAUCGCAGUGCCAAUGCCCAGCCUUUGUCCCCACCGUAACAGCCAGGAUGGAGGCCCCCCUCACCACCACACGGUGCACCUGGGCUCCACGCAAGCCCCCUGCAUCCACUGCAGCAAAAGGAGGAGGCACCCACUGCACCGCCAGGGCCGGUCCAAGGAUGGCAAAGGCCGGAUGCACCCCGGAGAGACCACUGUCUUCUCAGUGGGCAGGUUUCGUGUCACGCAUAUCGGGAAGAAGACGGCUUUUCAUGAGCAGCAGGAUGGUGCCCAGCCCAAUGGCAGCAAGGAGCCAAGCACGGAGGAGCUGGAGCACAGCAGCGAGCGGUUCCAGCGGGAGCAGGCUCACAAUGGGACUGUCCUCACGGGUAGCCUGGAGAAUGGGGCUGUGCGGGAGGGGACACAGGGCAGCAAGGGCAUGGAGCAGAGCCGCACCGGCACCCCAGUGCCUGGCACUGCAGUGGGCAGCUCUCCUGGCAGCACCAGUCGGCAGCGGAGGCUGCUGAGCCGCCGGGUACUGGGAGGGUCGAGUCCCAGCAUCCCAGGGCAGCUGGGGCAGGAGGAGACCGGACUGGGGUCAGCAGAUGAGGUGUCGGAUAUUCACGGGAGCCUGAGCCUACACGAAGUGCCGGAUGAGAUGGGGAGAGAAGACAGCAGCAGGAGGCAGCCCGGAGCAGAGAACAUGAGGCAGCAGGAGCCCAGCGCUGUGGUGCACGACCGAGGAGCCACUGUGUGAUCUCCUCUCCACACCUGGCCCUGGUGGCUGACAGCAGGCACAGGGCCCCUGGCCCCACACAGGGCUGGAGGCUCAGCUGUGGGGGGCAGCUGGCCCCGGCCCCAGCCCGGGCGAGCAACUCGGCAUGGCCAGAGCGACGCACGGACAUUACAGACCUCAUCCCAUCAGCAAUAGUUACCCAACUCCCCCCACCGCACCCCACCACGCCCAGCGCCCCACUGCUGCCCAUGCCCUGCACCCCAAGGAAGGAUGCUGCAGGGAUGGGCAGGGGCACCGCCUUGAGCUCCCCAACCCUGAAUUCACCGCAGAGCACAGCCCCAGCGGUGCCACCGAGCACCAGCACAAUGCCUGUGGUGCCAAUGGGGAGAGACCAACCAGCCCCCGGUGGUGCUGAUGGAGACGGAGCCUCCUGCCCUGCCCCGCUGCAGGGCGAGCUUUGGUGUUGAACCGCACUGUAAAUAGAUGAGCUAAAACCAUUAAAGCUGCUGAACACGG